UUUUAACUUUUUUUUUACUACACUUAUUUUAACAUUUAUAAAAAAAGGAAAAAAAAAUAUGACUGUUCCGAAAGUAUCCAUAUACAUCUCCACCAUACUCCUACUAACCAGCAGCCUAGUAUUAGGAGGAGAUAUAGAACCCAAUCAAUGCAAUGCCGGGUCCUACAAAUGCAACCUACCCAGUGGCCAAGGUCCCCAAUUCCAGCACUGCGACAUAAACAACCAGCAAGUUCAAAAAACCUGCGGUCCCGGUACCAUAUGCUACACCCAAGGUUCCACCAUCAUCUGCGGCCACCCGGCAACCCCCAAUUUUGCUCCCUCCAGCAGUCAAUUUGAAAUUGGAGCCCCCUGCAAUGUCGUAUCCCCGCUUGACGAGUAUGUUUGCCCUGGAAGCAGUGCUAAAUAUAAUUAUUAUUUGAGAUGUCUGGCUGGAAAUUACGUUUAUUUCCCAUGUGCGUCUGGAACUGUUUGUGUGAAGAAUCCUGGGGAGUCAAUGGUCUGUGGAUGGCCAGAGCAAGGGCAGGAUGCGGGAGUGGAAUCGUCAGCGGUGGUGACUACUGGAGAUGCCGGCGGGUAUUCGACCACCAGUGGGGUUACUUCAGAGGCUACAUCAGAGGUUACAUCAGGGAUUUUGACGCCGUCAUCGCCAGAUACAGGAAACAUCACUCUAAUUCCGGAUUAUUCCACCGCCACUUUACCGGACGGAAGCUUUUCAACAACUGAAGUUGUUUUGACCACCUCUGAUGAGUCCACUACGCCAGAAGAAUCUACAGCCACCUCUAAUGAGCCUGCUACAUCCGAAGAACCUGCUACAUCUGAAGCACCGGCUACAUCUGAAGCACCGGCUACAUCUGAAGCACCGGCUACAUCUGAAGCACCGGCUACAUCUGAAGCACUGGCUACAUCUGAAGCACCGGCUACAUCUGAAGCACCUGCUAC